AUGGCGUGCAGAAACACACUAUCCUCCGUUGCCUUCCUCGGGGUUUUGCUGCUCUCAUGCAGUUGCAUGAGCAGCGCAGCACGGCACCUGGAGGAAGCCAUGCCCAAGGAGAAGGAGGAGCACCCACCACAUCCCAUUACGCCGGAGCUGCCAAAGCCCGAACUCCCACCACACCCUGUUGUACCCGAGCUGCCAAAGCCUGAACUUCCUCACCCUGUCGUCCCAAAGGAGCCCGAAGUGCCGCACCACGCAGUACCGGAGAUGCCAAAGGAGCCUGAAGGGCCGCACCCUGCUGUGCCGGAGCUACCGAAGCCCAAGUUGCCGCCACACCCUGCAAUGCCCGAGCUGCCGAAACCUGAGCUACCUCAUCCAGUUGUCCCUGUGGUGCCAAAGGAGCACGAAGUCCCACACCCUGUCGUACCAGAGGCACCAAAGGAGCACGAAGUGCCCCAUCCUGCUGUGCCUGAGCUGCCAAAGCCGGAAAUUCCACAUCCUACCGUGCCAGAGGUGCACCCUGCUGUGCCAAAGAUGCCGGAAUUUCCGCACCCCACCAUGCCGGAGUUUCCAAAGCAUGAACUGCCACCAUUCCCAAAAUCCGAGCUGCCCCCCAAGCCUGAGUUCCACUUUCCAGAGCCAGAGGCCAAGCCAUGA